AUGUUAGGAAUUAAUCUUCAAAUGCUGAUGAAACAAUACAACUUAGUUUACUAAACUACUAUAAUCAUGCUUGCUUAUAUACACAAUAUACUGGGAAGUUUAAUUAAUUAAUCAGAACUAUUUUAUACAAUCAAAGAAAGUAAAUUUUGUUGCUACAUAUGGGUGUAAAAAUAGGAGACUAAUUGUUAUGAAAAGACGAAGGAAAUAGAAUAAUUGGAGAUGCACAAAUCGAGACUCAAAUAUUCAAAGAAUCCGAGCCUAUUCAGGUAUAUGUCCAACAAAAAGACUAGAUGUUUAGGGGUUCUAUCAAAAAUGACAAUAAGACAACCCUCAUAGUGCCAUAUUACACCAGGAAGAGAAGAAGAAUGA